GAGGCUAACCAGCAGGGAGGCAGUGCCGGCUCCGGGCGGCAGGGGGCGCCGCCGUGCGGCCGCGCCGACCCCAGUACCGAGCCGCCGCCACCGCCUGGCGCAAUCCGUCCGCCAUGCGCGCGCUGCUACCGCUGCUGAGCGUCGUCCGAGGGUGGCGCGUGGGGGCCGCCGCCCGCCCUCCGCGUCGCGUCAUGUCCCUGUACCUCACUGAGGAGCGCGGUCUUCCCCACUCGGAGGACUACCGCCUGUUCUUCAGGUCUGCCUCUGUCUCCCGGAUUGAACGCAUGGGCCUCUUCAACUGGCAAACUUCCUGUAGUUGUAAUGCAUCUGAGAGUGUAGCUGGUCACUACAUUUCCGCUUUCCAUGACAUUCCUCUGAAGGUGGAUUCUCCUAAGGAAAAUGGCACUCCCAGAAAGAAAGCACGAAAUGAUGAAUAUAAGAAUUUGUUUAAUAUGGUUGUGGAAAUACCUCGGUGGACAAAUGCCAAAAUGGAGAUUUCCACCGAGGAGCCAAUGAAUCCCAUUAAGCAAGAUGUAAAGAGCGGAAAGCUACGCUUUAUACCAAAUAUCUUCCCUCACAAGGGCUAUAUAUGGAAUUACGGGGCCUUCCCUCAGACCUGGGAAGAUCCAUAUCAGAAGGAUAAGGAUACAAACUGUACUGGAGAUAACGACCCCGUGGACGUUUGUGAAAUAGGCUCCAAGGUUUUAUCCCGUGGAGAUGUGAUUCAGGUGAAGAUCCUUGGAAUUUUGGCACUUAUCGAUCAGGACGCCACAGAUUGGAAAAUCAUUACUAUCAAUGUGAAUGAUCCUGAAGCCGAAAAAUUUCAUGAUAUUGAUGAUGUUAAGAAGUUCAAACCAGGUUACUUGGAAGCCACUCUUAAUUGGUUUAGACUUUAUAAGGUACCAGACGGAAAACCAGAAAACAAGUUUGCUUUUAACGGAGAAUUCAAAAACAAGGCUUUCGCUAUUGAAGUUGUUAACAACGCACAUGAAUGUUGGAAAGCAAUGCUCAUGAAGAAAUGUGACCACGGAGCUAUCAGCUGCACAAAUGUGCAUGUGUGUGAUAGCCCUUUCCGUUGCUCGCCAGAGGAAGCAAGAUCAUUAAUUGAAUCGGUCCCAGCACCUUCAAUGAGUAAAGAAGUCAGUAAAGAAGAAGAAAGGUGGCACUUCCUCGACUGAUGGGGUCACUGGAGGUUCUGCAUCAAGAUGUCAACCUCUGAGGACCCCUAAGGCUCCUUUUCCCUUAAUGCUCUUGAGACACAAGCUGAUUUCCAUUUGAUGACUUCCUGUCAAAGCAUCAUUGUUCUAAAACUUUUGAAUAAACUUGUAAAUAAACACUGACAUUUUGAACUUC